GUGGUAACAGGCAAGGAUUUGUUAAAAAGAAAAUGAAUAAUAAAAUUAUGGACAACUAUCCAAUCAAUCCAUGCGAAAUGUUUUAAUCUUUUUAAUACCUUUUUAUCCGGGAAGGGUUAUAUAGUGGCAGCAUGCGAAACACAUCUGACCCCAUCUCCCUUACAGACGCCAUAAACUACCUCAUUCUGAUAAAACCCCAAACAUUUCUAAGCCAAGUGGGAGGUGUUGUCUCUCCAGAAUAUCCUAUGUCUGUAAGUGGGACAUGCCCAGAAUGGCUUCCUUGGCAGCUGAGUAGGUGGCAUCGUAAGAAACUGAAGUAGCAAGAGAUUGCUUAAGGGAGAGCUUCUUAAUUGCGACCUUAAUAGGCGCCGGAACACCUGAUUGGUUGACAUCGAUUGCUUGAGAAUUGAUUAUUCCUUCCAUGCAACAACUGCUUGACUGCUGCUUGAGAGCAAGUGGUGUUUUUUUUAUAAGUAUAACACUGCAGGAAUCCUUCAAAAUAUUGCAUUAAUCAGAACUAGGGAGAAGCUAAAAAUAAAAUACAAAAUUAACAAGUUGAAUCAUGUGAUUUUUGCAGAUUGGGUGCACAAACCUGUCUCCGCCGAUUGUAGUAUCACCAGUUUAUUUGUAUUUGUUUUGUAAAACACAUGCAGGCACCAAUAUGUGUGUAUGUCAUUCAAAAUGGGAUGAGCAGUGACAACAGCCAAAUGAAAAGUUGCUUUACUGUCUCAAGAGAAUGUUCUGUGUGCUUCAGUACUGAUACUAAAGACUAUUCCAGGGUGCCUUUUUGGGGUCAUUUAUCAGAUCUGGACCAGGGCAUCACUGAGCUUCUGGACAAUUUGAGGUGCAACCUGGUGGCAUCUGAUGGACGAAACAUAAUGUCCCAGAGGUAUUCUAUUGGAUUUAGGUCAGGCAAGUGUGGGGGGUAGUCAGUGGUAUCAAUUCCUUCAUCCUCCAGGAACUGCCUACAUGCUCUUGCCACAUGAGGCCGGGCAUUAUCGUGCACCAGGAGGAACCCAGGACCCACUGCACCAGCAUAGGGUCUGGCAAUGGGUCUAAGGAUUUCAUCCUGAUACCUAAUGGCAGUUAAGGUGCCGUUGUCUAGCCUGUAGAGGUCUGUGCGUCCCUCCAUGGAUAUGCCUCCCCAGACCAUCACUGACCCACCAUUAAACUGGUCAUGCUGAACAAUGCUGCAGGCAGCAUAACAUUCUCCAUGGCUUCUCCAGACCCUUUCACGUCUGUCACAUGUACCCAGGGUGAACCUGCUCUCAUCUGUGAAAAGCACAGGGUGCCAGUGGCAGACCUGCAAAUUCUGGUAUUCUAUGGCAAAUGCCAGUCGAGCUCCAUGGUGCUUGGCAGUGAGCACAGGGCCCACUAGAAGACGUUUUGCCCUCAAGCCACCCUCAUGAAGUCUGUCUCUGACCAAACAAUCAGAAACAUUCACACCAGUGGCCUGCUGGAGGUCAUUUUGUAGGGCUCCAGCAGUGUUCAUCCUGUUCCUCCUUGUAUAAAGGAGCAGAUACUGGUCCUGCUGAUGGGUUAAGGACCUUCUACAGUCCUGUCCAGCUCUCCUAGAGUAACUGCCUAUCUCCUGGAAUCUCCUCCAUGCCCUUGAGACUGCUGAGAGACACAGCAAACCUUCUGGCAAUGGCACGUAUUGAUGCGCCAUCCUGGAAGAAUUGGACUACCUGUCCAACCUCUGCAGGGUCCAGGUAUUGCCUCAUGCUACCAGUAGUGACACUGACCGUUUGCCAAAUGCAAAACUAAUGAAAAAACCGUCAGAAAAGAUGAGGAGGGAAAAAUGCCAGUGACCUCCACCUGUUAAACCAUUCCUGUUUUGGGGGUCGUCUCAUUGUUGCCCCUCUAGUUCACCUGUUGAUAAUUUCAUUAACACCAAAGCAGCUGAAACUGAUGAACAACCCCCUCCACUACUUAACUGACCAGAUAAAUAUUUAAGUUAAAUGAAGUUUAAUAGAUUUGAUGCUAUACUCUGAUUAAAAAGUGUUCCUUAAAUUUUUUUGAGCAGUGUAUUUCUUGUUUGAAGUUUUCCUUAAAAUAUUGUUAAACUAUAGUCUCGUCUCGUUCUUGUGAACCCAAUAUCUUGUCUCAUCUCGUCUUGUCCCAUGGGCUGAGGAUAUCUUUACACCACCUAUUUAACAACGGUGUCACCUUUAGCCUUCCAUAGGAGAUGCUCUUCCAUCCAUGUAAUACCUUGUCCAUGCAAGUCAUUAACAGGACUGAGGACAAGACACACCAUAACUGGAGGGCCAUCCAUGUAACAUGGCUGGAGUCCAAAAUGGCAACAUGGAGCUAUUAUGUGGAUUCACGCCUAGCAAAAUGAAAGGUGGAAUUCAGGUGCAGUGUCAUAUGAGCAAAGAGGACUUGGAUGAAUUAAAGCCACAUGGACACCGCAGGUCUGACUGGCAAUCUAGAACUUGCUGCACGGGCAGUCCUUAUUGACAUGGAACCCAAAGUUAUUAAUCAUGCCAUUGCAACAGCAGCCAAAUCUGACAUGUGGAAGUAUGGUGAUGGGUCUUACUUCUGUGAAAAACAAGGAUCGGGAAACAACUGGGCCAAAGGGUUCUGUGUUCAUGGGCCCCAGCAUGAGGAGGCUGUGGUUGAGCUGGUCCGGAGAGAGGUGGAGCGCUGUGACAGGUUGGCAGGCAUUCUGACCAUGAUGAGCGUAGCUGGAGGAACUGGCUCUGGCAUGGGCACUUAUAUCACCCAAUGUCUCCGAGACAUGUACCCACAUUCCUUUAUCCUCAAUCACCUGACCUGGCCGUAUAGUACUGGUGAGGUGAUUGUCCAGAACUAUAACUCUGUGCUCACGCUAUCCCAUCUGUACCAGUUGUCUGAUGGCAUGCUGGUCCACGAGAAUGACUCAGUGCACAAGAUCUGUGCUCAGCUCAUGAACAUUAAGCACAUUUCCUUCAGCGACAUCAACAAGAUCAUUGCUCACCAGCUGGGUAGUGUGCUUCAGCCGGCAGAUGUGAGAGGAUCACAGAGUGAUUACAGCGGAAACCCAGUGGGUGAUCUCAUGAGCAGCUUGGCGUGUCAUGCUGAGUACAAACUUCUCAGCCUGAGUGCCAUCCCCCAUAUGUCCAGCUCCUCCUUGGCCUACAGCUCCUUCACCUGGCCUGGCCUGCUCAAGCACCUGCGGCAGAUGCUCAUUGCUAACGCCAGAAUGGAGGAAGGAAUUGAUUGGCAGGUGUGUGUUCCCCCUGUGAGACAGGGAGCAGAACGAACAGGAGAAAUCAAGCAACUGCAGUUUAACACUUCUCUUGCUAAUCUGCUGAUAUUGCGAGGGAAGGAUGUGUCCUGUGCUGACUCAGGGGCCUUUCUGCACCCCGGCCUGUAUUCCUCCUGGCUACCACCAGAGGCUGCUUUUAGAACAUGGAGUUCCCUCAUGCCUUUUAAUGGAUAUGAGAAGUCUGCCACUCUGAUCAGCAACAGUCAGUCUCUCCUGCAACCCUUGAACAAAAUGGUGGGAAAAGCAUGGAACAUGUUUGCCUCCAGAGCCUAUAUUCAUCAAUACACUAAGUAUGGAAUCUCAGAGGAGGACUUUCUGGACAGCUUCACAGCCCUGGAGCAGGUCAUCUCUAGCUACACAUGCCUGUAGUCACAAAUCAUUCCAUCUUCAAGUUUCUGUGUCUGAGGCAACCAUACUUGAUACUGGUCAAACUGGUAGUGAUGUUUGGGGUAACCUAGCCGAGGGAGACAGAGAGACCCCUGAUAAUUUCUAGAUAUUAGAGUGUCCUUACCAAAUUCCCCAUAGGUUUGAAUUUGUGGGUGCAUGCCCUGCGAUGGGUUGGCACCUCAUUUUCGGUAAUUCCCACUGCACUCACUGUCCAGACCCCAGCGACUCUGCAUAGGACAGAUGUUAUAGAAGGUGGACUGCUUUAAAUUAAAGUAGUACUUUGUCUGUGAGGUGUACUUAAAUCUGAGUUUCAUGAUUGUUUUCUCUUGACCACAUGUGAUUAUGUGAUUAUUUUGUAUUUUCAGAUAAAAGAAUAGCACUUGGUUGUGUGUUCAUUAACAGUGUGUUGGAUUUUUGAAAGAUAGCCUUUUAACUGUUAACUGUACAAUGCCAGAAAUGCUAUUAAAUGUAAAUGGUUCUUAAAACCAUGGUGGUAUAGUAGUUAGCACUGUUCCCUCACACUUCUGGAACCCAGGUUUGAGUCUCCACCUGGGUCACAUGUGUGUGGAGUUUGCAUGUUCUCCUCAUGUCAUCGGGGGGUUUCCACCGGGUAUUCCGGUUUCCCCCCACAGUCCAAAGACAUGCUGAGGCUGAUUGGAGUUACUAAAUUGUCCGUAGGAGUGCAUGUGUGAGUGUGCCCUGCGAUGGGCUGGCCGCCUGUCCUGGAUUGUUCCCUGCCUCGUGCCCAUAGCUCCAGACCCCCCGCGACCCAGGAGGGCAAUCGAUUGGAAAAUGGAUGGAUGGAUGGUUCCUAAAGCUUAAAUUAAAAGUGAAAUAAAAAUAUGAAAUACCAAUUCCAACAUGAAAUAGAAAAGUACAAUUUAAAUAGUGGUCGUAUAUUUACAAAUGCUUUAAAAUAAAAAUAUCUUUCCAAAUUGAAACAAUUGAAAGCUAUGCAGUAGUGGUGUAUGUAAUGGUAGUGUCAAAAACUGCAUGAAAUGAAAUGUAAUUUGACAAUAACAAAUCUAAAACGGAAGAAAGUACCAUUAAUAAAAAAAUAGUACUCAAUCCCUGUCCUGGGCUCCAGUGGGGUUCCUGAUAUUUUGAAAACUGCAUCUGUACUGGGAUGAUAAUAGGUGUCAACGGUCUUGUGUCUUUACAUGAGUUCAGUAUCUAAGCAGACAAUGUGAACAUUGUGGAUUGUGAGUCUCCACCAAAUUUUUAAAUUAUGUUAUUGGUUACGACAUUAUCCUCAGAAGUUGCUCUCUUGGAAAGGCUGAUGUCAGUUAGUUCCAAGUAAAAAAGCCAUACAGCCUCAUACCCACAGAUUUCUAACCAUGCAUAAUUGUAUUCCCUAGAUGGGGAAUACAUAUGGUUUUGGGACUGAUCUGAUGACCAGAUGAUGAGCUGGAAAUGAUUACAUUUUGGGCCAGAUGAGGCAGUGCGACAAAAUUGAAGCAGCGCCGCAUAGUGAAUACAAAGAGAAGGGUGGUUUUGACAUUUGAUGCCGUUAGUCUGGUAACUCAAAAAUUAUUUGAAGGAUCUUUUUCAAAUUUUGCAGACAUAUUGUAUGCGUAUACAACUGGAACUAAUCAAACUAUGAGACAGAUCUCCCCAAAACUGAAUCAACGCCACUUAGUGGCCGCAAAGUCAGGGGCGAUUGCAGACAUUUGACCUUGUGAAUAUGAUGUCAGAAAGUAUUUGAUGGAUCUUAUUACUGCUUCAUAAAAACAAAUGUAUGGCUGAGGCUCUACACCUGAUUUCUUUUAGAAACAAAUUUCCCUGAAAAGGAAGCAGCACCACGUAGCAGCUAAUGUGACAGGCUCAGCAGGCUAAGCCUUUGUGCCUGUGAUCGGAAUAUCGCCAGUCUAAGCCUUGGCAGAGCAAUCACAUGUGUCUGGGCCCACAGCCCUUAAAUCACAGCUCCCCCGGUGCUGCACACUGGCUGACCCUGAGCUGUCACCCCCAAAUGUGCUCUUACCUGCAUACAGUGAAUAAAUAAAGUGUACACACCCCUGUUAAAACGCCCGGUUAUUGUGAUGUAAAAAAAAAUUAGACCACGUUAGAUCAUUUCAGAACUUUUCCCACUGUUAAUGUAACCUAUGACCUGUACAAUUCAAUUGAAAAUGUAAUAAAUCUGUUAGGGUAUAAAGUAUAAAUAAAAACAUACAAUAA